AUGAAUGGUGGGAGUCAGAGACACUCUCUGUCAAUAUCUGUUUGCGUGUUCACACACUGGACACCAAACAACCCUGAAUUAUCCGCUGCUUGGAGGAUUUUCGCGAGCUCUUGCCCACACGGGUGCUGCACUCGGCUGAUCACUUUCGAGCGGCCGCUGCAUCACACGUUGUGGUCCAAAUUUUUGUUUCCAAUUGUGAAUGGUGGGAGUGAGAGGCACUCUCUGUCACCAUCUGUUUGCGUGUUCAAACACUGGACACCAAACAACCCUGAACUAUCCGCUGCUUGGAGGAAUUUCGCGAGCUCUUGCCCACAAGGGUGCUGCACUCGGCUGAUCGUUUUCGAGCGGCCGCUGCAUCACACGUUGUGGUCUAAAUUUUUGUUUCCGAUUGUGAAUGGUGGGAGUCAGAGACACUCUCUGUCACCAUCUGUUUGCGUGUUCAAACACUGGACACCAAACAACCCUGAACUAUCCGCUGCUUGGAGGAAUUUCGCGAGCUCUUGCCCACGAGGGUGCUGCACUCGGCUGAUCGUUUUCGAGCGGCCGCUGCAUCACACGUUGUGGUCUAAAUUUUUGUUUCCGAUUGUGAAUGGUGGGAGUCAGAGGCACUCUCUGUCGAUAUCUGUUUGCGUGUUCACACACUGGACACCAAACAACCCUGAAUUAUCCGCUGCUUGGAGGAAUUUCGCGAGCUCUUGCCCACGAGGGUGCUGCACUCGGCUGAUCGUUUUCGAGCGGCUGCUGCAUCACACGUUGUGGUCUAAAUUUUUGUUUCCGAUUGUGAAUGGUGGGAGUCAGAGGCACUCUCUGUCAAUAUCUGUUUGCGUGUUCAAACACUGGACACCAAACAACCCUGAACUAUCCGCUGCUUGGAGGAAUUUCGCGAGCUCUUGCCCACGAGGGUGCUGCACUCGGCUGAUCGUUUUCGAGCGGCCGCUGCAUCACACGUUGUGGUCUAAAUUUUUGUUUCCGAUUGUGAAUGGUGGGAGUCAGAGGCACUCUCUGUCAAUAUCUGUUUGCGUGUUCACACACUGGACACCAAACAACCCUGAACUAUCCGCUGCUUGGAGGAAUUUCGCGAGCUCUUGCCCACACGGGUGCUGCACUCGGCUGAUCGUUUUCGAGCGGCCGCUGCAUCACACGUUGUGGUCCAAAUUUUUGUUUCCGAUUGUGAAUGGUGGGAGUCAGAGGCACUCUCUGUCACCAUCUGUUUGCGUGUUCAUACACUGGACACCAAACAACCCUGAACUAUCCGCUGCUUGGAGGAAUUUCGCGAGCUCUUGCCCACACGGGUGCUGCACUCGGCUGAUCGUUUUCGAGCGGCCGCUGCAUCACACGUUGUGGUCUAAAUUUUUGUUUCCGAUUGUGAAUGGUGGGAGUCAGAGGCACUCUCUGUCACCAUCUGUUUGCGUGUUCACACACUGGACACCAAACAACCCUGAACUAUCCGCUGCUUGGAGGAAUUUCGCGAGCUCUUGCCCACACGGGUGCUGCACUCGGCUGAUCGUUUUCGAGCGGCCGCUGCAUCACACGUUGUGGUCUAAAUUUUUGUUUCCGAUUGUGAAUGGUGGGAGUCAGAGGCACUCUCUGUCACCAUCUGUUUGCGUGUUCAAACACUGGACACCAAACAACCCUGAACUAUCCGCUGCUUGGAGGAAUUUCGCGAGCUCUUGCCCACAAGGGUGCUGCACUCGGCUGAUCGUUUUCGAGCGGCCGCUGCAUCACACGUUGUGGUCUAAAUUUUUGUUUCCGAUUGUGAAUGGUGGGAGUCAGAGGCACUCUCUGUCAAUAUCUGUUUGCGUGUUCACACACUGGACACCAAACAACCCUGAACUAUCCGCUGCUUGGAGGAAUUUCGCGAGCUCUUGCCCACACGGGUGCUGCACUCGGCUGAUCGUUUUCGAGCGGCCGCUGCAUCACACGUUGUGGUCCAAAUUUUUGUUUCCGAUUAUGAAUGGUGGGAGUCAGAGACACUCUCUGUCAAU